AUGCGGUUGCUGUUGCUGACCGUGGAAAAUCACAAGUGCUGCACAUCAGCUCGACUGCGCUCUGCAAUUCAAGCUUUGUCUCGGUCUGGAGGGGAGCAGGCGGGCACGGACGUCAAUUUUGAGCUUACCUUGCAUUGCCUGCCUGGUUGUGCCAGUAACUUCUUUUUUGGAAAUUCAGUCGCUGACGUCGACGACUGCUCGCCUGGGGCGAUGUGCCUUUGCGUCUUCUUGUCUCUUUUUCUUCGAGAUCAGAUCAGUCAACCUUCCGCCCUCUCGCACCGAAAGCCAGGCUCGUUCGGUCAGCUUUGCUUCUCUGCUGCUCGAUGA